AUGUGGCGGUUAUUGUACUUGUUCUUGCUGUUUAUCCGUGUUUAUUUUGCCGUGUCGCCGAGUUAUCUUCACCCAGACGAGAUCUUCCAAGGGCCAGAGCCUGUCGCUGGGUACCUAUUCCCUUAUCCGACUCGUCCAACAUGGGAAUGGACGUCUUCGCGCCCGAUCCGCAGUGUCUUUCCAUUGUGGCCAAUCUAUGGAUUGCCCAUGACCCUCUUGAAAUGGACCUGGGCGCAGGAAGAAGACGGAGAUUGCGUCGAUACCACCGUCAUCUAUUAUACCCUCCGCCUCGUCAUGUUUCUUCUCAGUUUCGUCUUGGAGGACUGGGCUGUUCAUGAGUUGGUCCGCUCUCCUCGACGCUGGAUCCAGGCUGUCAUUCUAGUCACUUCUUCAUAUGUGACUUGGACCUUUCAAACACAUACCUUUUCAAAUUCCGUUGAAACCCUUCUUGUUUUGUGGAGCCUGGUUAUGAUAGAGCGCAUUUUGCGCGACAAGACCAGCAAUCUUGCGCAACAUGGUCUUCAUCCCCAUUAUCAACACCUCCUGAUCAACCUGCCUCAACUUCUCGGCCCAGCGUUAAUCCUCCUAAUCGCCUCUGCCUACCCGUUCAAUCUUCGCAUUCUGAAGGGAAUCCUCUCGAAUAAUCGGCUCGCCUCUGCUGGUGCGGGAUGUCUUCUCCUCAGCUUAGUCCCGCACCAAGAACCGCGGUUCCUCCUACCCGCUGUCCCUCUUAUACUGACAAGUAUUCGGGCUCCAUCCUCUAAGAUAAGGGCGGUACUUUUCUGGACCACUUGGGUAAUUUUCAACGGAGUUCUCGCGAUCCUCAUGGGCGUUUAUCACCAGGGUGGAAUCAUCCCUGCUCAACUUGCUAUGCCUUCCUUGGUAACACACUCGUUGAACACAACCCACUCGGACGCCCAUAAUGUCGAAAUCUUCUGGUGGAAGACUUACCCCCCGCCAACCUUCCUUCUCGGCUCGGACCCACUACAUCCUACGACCAACAGAUCGCUGAACAUCUCCACCGUUCCCCUGAUGGGCUACCCUCAAAAAGAAUUGGUCUUCAUGCUCAUGCAGCACAUGCCCACGUGCGAUCCAACACUUGUGGAACGGUUGAUCUUACACAAAGAGAAGACGGAUGUCUUUGUGGUGGCGCCACUCAGCGCAUGGCGUCUUGAUGCUUCCAACCCUCUCCUGAUUUCCUCAAACCAUCCUCCUGUUCAGAAGGCGGAGUUCACCUAUCCUCCGGUCUCCAAUUUUAGCUUCGCAAUUGAUAUGAACAUUCCACCUGCACAGUUGACCUUGACGAAUUUGGCAGUGUUCCGCCGACAUUUGAAUCUUGACGACCUGGAUUUCGGGGAUGAUGGAGUUUGGCCCACGUUGGAGAGAGUCGUGGGCAGACGAGGACUGGGCGUGUGGCGGGUCGACCGCAUCUGCGGCCCCGUGGAGUAUGUGGAUGCACACACUGGGGAGAAGCUUACGACGGAACAAGUAAAUGUCAGGAAGGCAGCGAAUAACGAGGGUCGGGAGGAUUUGAUUCAAGAGGCAGACUCAUCCGAAGAGGCCAGCAGGAUAUCAAGUUCGGCCGUUAUUCCCACCAUAGCGGCGCCUGAGGAAUACGACGGGAGGAGAGCCAGCACGACCACAGUACCCCCACAUAGUACAACAGAUGAUCCCGGCCUCGAUCUCUGA